AUGUUUAACUUAAUUAGUUUUAAUUUACCAGUAAAAACAUUAGAUGGUAAAGAUAAAGAAGAAGAUGAGGACGACAAUUCAAAUGAUUAUGUCGUUGAUGCUACUAUCAUAUAUGAUCGAUCAUCAAAUCCUCAUACAUUUGUUAUUGGUCAAUAUGUCGGUAGAGAAGAUCAAAUGACUACUGAUCGAAAUGAUUCAUUAUUACAAGUUAUAUAUAAAUUUGAUCGAACAUUGAAACAUUUCCGCGCCUUCAUAUGCACAAAUGCUCGUCAAUCACCUUAUUAUACUGAUUUGUUAAAUCAAGUGUUAUUCAAUGUUAACGAUCAAUCGUAUAUUUAUGAUUCCUUCGAUGAUGAUAAUUUUAAAAGAAAAUAG